UGCGAACGGGAAGGAGCGUUGGGGUGCUGGAGUCGCGAGGUUGAGCUAUUUUUCGGCCUGAAACUGGAAAGAGUUGCCGCCGCCCCGCCGCCAGUCCGCGCCGUGCCGACCCCCGCCGCUCGUCCGGGCCGGCCGCGCCCCUGCUUCCGCCCCUCCCUCACGGCCCGUCCGCGUGUGGCGCGGUUGCCGGGCACCGGGGCUGCGGCGGUCGGCGGCCGGGCGGCGGCGGUGCUGACAGCAUCCUACGGCUAGCAUUAAACUUCUCCCAGUGGAGCCACAAAGUAAACAGCUCAUGACUUCUGAUCAGGACGCUAAGGUCGUGGCUGAACCUCAGGGCCAGCGAGUCCAGGAAGGCAAAGACAGCGCUCAUCUGAUGAAUGGUCCCAUAUCUCAAACCACUUCUCAGACAAACUCCAUCCCAGCUUUGAGUCAGGUGAUUCCCGUCAUCCCAGGUGACAGCAAGGAAAUAGCAGUACCAGGUUGCAAGGACACUGUUCUACCACUCAUAUCUGAAAAGCCCUCAAAGGAGGAUUUGCAGAGCUUCCCAGAGGAACUGUACUCCCAGUUUUUUAAUGAACUUUCCUGUUACCCGAUGGCAGAGUUGGCAAGACAGAUGUUUUCUGAAGGGCUGGCAGAUGGCUGUGGAUAUCAAGUGGGCUGCCCGUGGACUAAUACAGCUACGAAAGACACAUUAGAAGAGCAGAUAUUUAGUGAGGACCUGCACAGUAAGCCACAGGACCUAGAGAUCUCUUUGUUUUGGAUGGAAAAGCCCCCUUAUCAGCUACCAGUGGCAGAAGAUGGUGUUAUUUGGGGAUGGCAAGAGAGAGGUGGACAGUUAGUACCAGCGGCCAAGGUUUCAGAGCUAAACCCUAAUGCAAAAGUAUGGGGGACUCCUGUGUUACACUUGGAAGCCAGUAGUGCAGCGGAUGGCAGUGUGAGCGCAGCCUGGGAGGCGACGCCCGGCCGCGGCCAGGAGGGAUUGGACACCAAUGGUGAUGGUGACAAAAGUCAUGAGAAUGCUGCACUGUCAGAUUUACAGGAGUCAGACCAGACAGCCAUGAGCACUUUGGGUCUGGACCAUUCAGAGUAUGAAUCACCGCCUGAAAAUAGCGAGACGGGAGGAAAUGAAUCUCAACCAGAAAGCCAGGAAGACCCCCGGGAAGUACUUAAAAAAACAUUGGAAUUCUGCUUGUCUAGGGAGAACCUUGCUAGUGACAUGUACCUUAUAUCACAGAUGGACAGUGAUCAGUAUGUGCCAAUCACCACGGUAGCUAACCUGGACCACAUCAAGAAGCUCAGCACCGACAUGGACCUGAUUGUCGAAGUGCUGAGAUCUUUACCUUUAGUCCAAGUGGAUGAGAAGGGAGAAAAAGUAAGGCCAAAUCAGAAUCGUUGCAUAGUAAUAUUACGUGAAAUACCUGAAUCCACCCCUGUAGAAGAAGUAGAAGCACUAUUUAAAGGAGAUAACUUACCGAGAUUUAUAAACUGUGAAUUUGCCUAUAAUGAUAAUUGGUUUAUUACAUUUGAAACAGAAGCAGAUGCACAACAGGCUUACAAAUAUCUGCGAGAAGAAGUCAAAACUUUUCAAGGAAAACCAAUUAAGGCACGGAUAAAAGCAAAGGCAAUAGCUAUAAACACAUUUUUGCCAAAGAAUGGCUUUAGACCUCUGGACAUGAGCCUCUACACGCAGCAGCGCUACACCGCAUCGUUUUACUUACCUCCAGUCUACAGCCCCCAGCAGCAGUUUCCUCUGUACAGCCUGAUCGCCCCCCAGACAUGGUCAGCGACACAUAGCUAUCUUGAUCCGCCCUUGGUAACGCCAUUUCCAAAUACUGGAUUUAUAAAUGGGUUCACGUCUCCAACCUUCAAACCUGCAGCAUCUCCUCUGACUUCACUCAGACAAUACCCUCCAAGGAGCAGGAAUCCUAGUAAAUCUCAUCUGCGCCAUGCCAUUCCCAGUGCAGAGAGAGGGCCCGGGCUGUUAGAAAGUCCUUCGAUAUUUAACUUCACUGCGGACCGGUUGAUGAACGGUGUGCGGAGCCCACAAACGAGGCAGACGGGUCAGCCUCGAGCUCGGCUACAGAACCCUCCAGUCUACGCCAAGAGAGACGCAGGGCCCGGGCGGGUGGAACAGAGCAGCCUCGAGUCCUCUCCGGGCUUGGGUAGAGGAAGGAAAAACUCCUUUGGUUACCGGAAGAAACGGGAGGAGAAGUUCACAAGGAGUCAGACUCAGUCUCCAACACCGCCCAGGCCGCCCUCCCCGAGCUUUGAAUUAGGCCUCUCCAGCUUCCCUCCACUGCCUGGGGCGGCGGGGCAUUUGAAGACAGAGGACUUGUUUGAGAACAGGCUUUCUGGCUUGCUCACAGGAUCGUCCAAAGAAAGGAGCCUGAACGCAGAUGCAAGCACGAACACUCACCCCGCGGUGCCCCCCCGAGAGCCCUCAGUGCCCUGUGCCGUGUCCACAGCCUGCGAGCGUGCCCCCUCCCCUGCCCACCCACCCGAGGAUCCCAAGGUGGUGGAGAAGCAGAAGGAAACCCCGAGUGUGGACAGACCUCCUCCCACCCUGAGCACGACUGCGAGUAAAUCGGUGCAGGUGGACGGCGCCGGCUCGGAAUUGCGAAAACCCAGCUACGCAGAGAUUUGUCAGAGGACGAAUAGAGAGCCGCCAUCUUCCCCGUUGCAGCCCCAGAAAGAACAAAAGCCAAACACUGCUGGUUGUGGGAAGGAAGAAAAGAAGCUCGCAGAGAGAGAGCCCCCUGCCCCCAAGUCCAGCCCAGGACCACCCAAAGACCAGAGGAGACCACCAGGCCGCCGGCCCUCUCCCCCAGCCUCGGGGCGGCGUCUGCACAGAGAACAGAGCCCCCCACCCAGGUCCCCUCAGUGAGCGCCGACGUCUGGGAGGGCUUCAAGGAGCUGAGGUCGCCACAACUAAGCACUGUCCUGCUCGGGAUGUGAGUGAGCCACUGGUUAGGAGCUUGCAGUGUAGAUGAGGCCCACAAGGUGCCUGCAAGUUAUUUUUCUUCUAUGAGUCGGAUUUCCCCCCUCUUGAAAAAAAAUCUAUUUUUCAGGAUUUAAUUAAUAUAAACCUUAUUUUAGGUUGGUGCUUAACUGGAGGUGAUGCAUAAGUCUGAUUUUUUUCAGGAUAGAAAAUGCAUUUAUCCUAACAAAUUGAUAUUUUUUAUUAAGCCUCCAUGUGGCUAUGAAUGCAAGCUAUAUAUAUAUAUAGUGAGUUUUUCUAAAUUAAGCGGAACUAUGCUACUUGAUUUUUUAAAAUAACUGGUUAGCAAGUGUGUAUCUCUGAGAUGUCCAGACCGCCGGGUGAGGCUGAGGACCGUGGGAUUGAGGGCACGAGGCGAUGCUGUGAGUGUAGCCUGGGGAAGGGACGGGGUCCAAUGGCGCCACACGCUGGCCUGGGAGUUGUCCUUUCAUUCAGAAGCCUAACAAGUGGUUCUAGCAUUUUUUAAGAGCCCAUUUUUGGUCCACUGGGCAGAGUAACCCUGCAGAGCACCGAGAGUCCUGAUGUCCUGCCAGCAAGUAACCAGCUCCUCACUCCAGUCUCAAGUGGCUGUUAUGUAAGAUAAACUCAAAGCACAUUGUGAAUAGAACUUAAAUGGAACAUAAACUUUGUUGCCCACUGACAUGUUACCACGAAAUUGUACCCUGAUGUUUUGCUCCCGAGAGCAGGUGGGGAGGGCGUGGAGCCUGGCUCCCUCAGUCUGCCCCACCUUACCCCUCCCGGGGUGCCUUUCCGAACCUCUGCGCACGGCACACAGAUCGUGGGAGAAGGUGUUUGUGGUGCCCUCUGGUGUUGGAGGAUCCAAGUUCCUCUCUCUUUACCUCCAAGACAGGGUCUGUGAUCCCUUCUCGAAGUGCUGCUCUCCAAGAACACGCAUGCACUAAAGCUAGCAGUUGAUAAUAAACAUAAAUUAUUUUGUUUUAAAAUGCCUAAAUUUUUUCUUUAAGUAUUCUAAGCAGCAGACAUUAAAAUAAGAAUAUUUCCUGCUAAAUGUAACCAUACAGUUUAUUCCACAAAAUGUUAUUUAACAAGACUAAGGUUUUUUCUUUUUAAAAAAGAGAUUAUUUCCAUCCAAUAUUUAAAGACUUGAAUUUUAUUUAAACUUGAAAAUGACUUUGCCUUAACUUUUGUAUAUGACAGCUUAGAGUUCCUGAGACCGGCCUGUGUUGGCGUGAGUGGGGUCUGCUGUCACGGUGUUACUGGGUAAGCACUGUAGGAAGAGCAAGCAGUCAUGUUUGUAAUUUACCUGGAAGAUCUUACACAGUUGAUCUUUUUUCAGACUGUUGAAAAAUCCUGUAAAUGCAAAUAGUCGAUACUGUAUUAAAUAUGUGCACUUGGGCGUGUGUGCUUUGCUUGUACAGUUGUAAAUAAUCAGAACAUAUUAAAAAGGUACCCUAAAGAGAAAAAG